AUGGCUAGUCGAUCAUCAGCAGCCGUACGAAGCCGUACUUCUUCAACAGCAGGUAGCACAGGUGGAUUAAAUAUUUCUCGUGCACAAGAAAAAGAACAAUUGGAAACUCUUAAUAAUCGUUUGGCUGUAUACAUUGAUACAGUACGUCGUUUAGAACAAGAUAAUAAAGAAUUAAAGAAUAUUAUUUCAUCCUAUACCGAUACCUAUGAAGUUGAAACAUCGAAAGUUAAAUUAUUAUAUGAACGUGAACUUGAAGAUGCAAAAAAAUUAAUUGAAGAACUUGCAAGAGAAAAGUCACGUUUAGAAAUUGAAGCUGAAAAAUCAAAUGCCGAAGCACAAGAUGCAUUGGCAAAACUUGCUCGUAAAGAACGUGAUUUACGAGCUGCCGAAGGACGUUUGAAACAAUAUGAAACUGAAAUUGGAGAAUUAAAAGCACGUAAUGAAGCACUUGGAUUUGAUGCAAAUCGAAAAACUGAUGAGAAUGUGGGUUUACGUGGUCUUAAUGCCGAUUUGGAAAAACAAGUAGCUGCAUUAAAACGUCAACUUGAAUCUGAAACACUUCUUCGUAUUGAUCUUGAAAAUAAAAAUAAAACAUUACGUGAAGAACUUCAAUUCAAUGCUCAAGUUCAUGAAACAGCUAUUGAUGAAGUUCGUCGACAAAGACGAUAUGAAGUUAGAGCUGAUGAUGGUUUACGUCAACAGUAUGAUGAUCGUUUAUUACUUGAAUUACAAGAAUUACGAAAUCAAACUGAUGAAGAAAUGCAAGCUUUACGUGAUGAAAUAGCUGGACAAUAUGAAAAGAAAAUUGAAGAUUUACAAACAACAAUUCGUCGUAAUUUGGAUCAAGUUGGUACAUAUCGAUCUGAUUUAUCAUCUUAUCGUGAACGUAUCGAUGAUAUAACAAAAUCUCGUGAUGCAUUAAAUGAUAAAGUUUCAUUUCUUGAACAACGUUGUCGUGAUUUGGAAGAUCGUCUUCAUCGUUCACAACAAAAACAAGAUGAAAGUUUAGCUGAACGUGAAGAUGAAUUAGAACGUUUGAAAUUACAAAUUGAACAAAUGCAAAUUGAUUAUCAAAAUUUACUUGAUAUAAAAAUUGGUCUUGAUAGAGAAAUUGCAACAUAUAGAAAAUUACUUGAAUCCGAAGAAGAACGACUUAAUAUUUCUGGCAAUUUAUCAAAUCUUACAUCAACAACAGCAUCAAAUACAACAUUUGAAAGUAGUUCAUAUCCAUCACGUAAACGUCCACGUUAUGAUGCAGAUGAUCGUCCAUCAGUUAAUACACAAUUACUUGAUGGCAUCAAUAUAAUUGAUGAUGAUAGUUCUCAUCCAAAAUUUGUUAAACUAGUUAAUAAUUCUAAACAAGAUGUUGCUUUAAAUGGAUGGGUUCUUAAACGAAAAGUUGGUUCACAAUCAUAUGAAUUUAAAUUUCCUAAAGGAAUGAAUCUUAAAGCUGGCGCUACAACAACGAUUUGGAGUUCCGAUGUUAAUGAUAUAUCUGUUGAUCCACCAACAAAUUUGAAAUUACGUACAACAAAAUGGUUUUCAACUAAUAAUGAAGUUAAAAAAACAAUACUAGAAGAUUCUGAAGGACGCGUUAUUGCAGAGAAAACUGUUAGUGUUAAAUAA